AUGGCCUCGGUCAUCACCAAUCUGCUCGUCGACUCCGGUGUGUUGAGCCGCAACUUUAUCGGAACAUUACAUUAUAUGAAUUUCUGGGUGGUCAUCAGCCUGGUGGCCAGGUUCUAUUUGCUGCUGUUUGAAGCUGAUCAGCUGUAUGAAACUCCUCUAAUCCAUCCGAUUGCCGUCCUGAUACUCGCAUGGCUGAGACUGAUGCUGAUCGGGGCCGGCGGAUUUGUGCCGCAGCUGAUUUGCAUUGAAAGACUUUUUGCCACCUUCUUCAUCGCCGACUACGAGAAGAACGGGCGUAGUUUGUAUUUCAACGGCGUCUUAGCGCUCUACUUCGUCUUGCACUCCCAGAAUCAGCAGGCCUGGCUAUGGCUAGAAGAACAGAAGGCUCGAAAAGGGACUAGCAAACCACCGCUAGGCCUUACCCAUUAUGGCCUAUCUGUGCGGUUCCAGGUCAAAGAAAACCUUCGUGUUAUCAGGCUCCUGCGCCGGAUGGUGCUGUUCUCAUUCAGUCUAUGCAUGAUUGGAGUCACGUUUGGAUAUAGCGCCUGGAUAAGCCUGUUCCGGUGCCGAAAAUCCGCCGCUCUUGCUCCGACCCUGGUCCACAAGGCCCCAGCGGUGGAUACAAAACUCGAGACACAGGCCUACUGGAGUUACUACAAAUCAGAGUGG